AUGAAGGACGCACGUGAUUCGAUUAGAACAAAUUCAAGGACUUUAGAAAAUGCUAGAGAUAGCUUUAACACAAAUGUCACUGAAAAAAUGGCUGAAGAGCGACAGAUGGAUAAUAAUUGCAUGGACAUAUACAAAGAACAAGUAAAUGAAGAAAGAAAAGAAAAUAAAGAGAAUGAGCAAAAUGUAGAUGUAUACGAUAAAAAUGACGAAAGGAUAAAUACAACCAAUGAAAGAAGGUUAAAUUAUAACAAUUCAUUUAUGCAUGAUAAUAAAGAGAUUUAUGGAGUAAACGAAAUAAAUAAUGACAGAUAUUCAGGGAACAAGAAGAAAUUACAAAUAGUAGAAAAUCAAAAGGAAAAUUUUAAUUGUAGUGGCCCUUAUAAUCAUUUUUAUGAACAUAAUGCAAAGGAAGAAACAAAGGGGGAAAGAAAAAUGAGAAAAAAAUAUAAAUGCAAUACUUACAUGUCUACAGAAAAAUAUCAGGAAUAUUUAGAAAAAAUAAAUCAACAGAUAAAUGAUAUAUUGAAUAGAGUAUAUAAAGCAUAUAAAGGAUCAAAUAAAAAGCAGUACUUUUCAAGAAUAUUCCAAAUGAGAGAUAUAAAUUGUAUAUUUAGUUUUAUGUUUUUGUCGUUGUUAAUAAUUUUUGCUAUAAUGAGCGAAUACAUGGGGCUUCUGCUAUCACUAUUACUUUUUAUAAUAUCUAUACAGCUAAAAUAUAGUAGAACUAAUAUGGCUUUGUUGAAUUCUAUUACUGGAAUAUUAUUCAUAUCAAUCGCUACCGUUUUUUCCUAUUCAAAUAUUAAUAAGGAGAGUGUCAUUGAAACGACGACAAAACAAAAUGCUAUAAAUAAUAUAAACACGAAUAAGAAUUUAUUAGUAUUGGAAACAGUUCUUUGUCUCAUCUAUGCUUCUAUUCUUUUUGUAUAUAUGUUUUCAGUACGAUAUAUAAAGAAAUAUAAGAGGAAAAACAUGUGGAUUUAUUAUAAUGUAGUUACAUAUUUUAAUUACCUUGAUAUGUGCACCCUCUUUUCUUUUGGUACAUUGGCAUUCUUUUUUAUCUUUAUUUGUUUUGGAGAUAUUUUAUUUAUUGUAUGUUCUCUCAUCUUAUUUUUGAGCAGUGUCCUUACAUAUACCCUCCGUACAUAUAGUAUGGUUACAAUGUUAAUUCUUCAAAUGAUUAUAAUUAUUACAAAUGCGAUUAUAGCCUGUGUUUCAUUACCAAGCAAUACAACAGAACUAGUGAAAUUACAAACUACAUCUUUUGAUGAAUUACAAGUUUUGCAUAAUAAAGUUUAUUUAUUCUAUAUGAUAUUCGUGAUAUUCUUUUUGGUUCUUCAUUUGUUAUAUAUAUUUUAUAUUUUUUUUUCAUAUAAAAAAUUUUUGUUUAAAUGCUUUUCUCAAAGAAGAGCACAUUAUUCAAAUAUAUUUCCCUACAUUGAGAACAAUGCGGAUGAUAAAAAUAAGGAUGUUUAUUUUAAAUAUGACAAGUAUGUCUUAAGCCUAGAUGAUAAUAAUAAAAUAUUAAAUGUUGAGAAGAAAAGGAGCAAAGAAAUAAAUAUAGAUAUAGACAAGUACAUAUAUAAUGAAUACCAUUUAUUUAAGCAUCUAUUACUUAACACAGCUCUCGAUUUUAAGAAUUCGUCAAAUGUUCACAAGAGGAAGGAAUUAUUAAAUGGAGGAAAAAACGACAUGAAACUUGUAUAUUUAAAUGGAAGUAGAAAAAAAAAUAAUUUUAAACCUGUACAACGAGGUGGAAGCAUGCCAAAGGAGGGUAACAAGGGCUCAAAAGAUUUUGUAUUAAACAUAAGUGACACAUCAUCUGACUGCUUUAGCAGUGGCGAGUAUAAUAAUGAUAUUAACUAUAAUAAUAAUAAUAAUAGUAUUAAAUAUAAUAAUAAUAAUAAUAGUAUUAAAUAUAAUAAUAAUAAUAAUAGUAUUAAAUAUAAUAAUUAUAAUAAUAAUAUUAACUAUAAUAAUAACAAUAAUAGUAAUUUAGCGCGAUAUAAGGCACAUCAAAAUAGAAGCACUACAAACGAUGCAAAUACAGGCACUAGUUUUUUGCUUAAAAACGUGUCCAAUAUUCAGAGUGAAAGAAGCAAUAAAAGUAAAUCCAAGAUGUACCCAUUAAACAGUAAAAAAUUUUACCUCAGUAAUUGCGAACAUGCAAAUUAUUCCACCACCUCCUUAUUUUAUAGUAAAUAUGCAUUCAUAAUCGAGAUGUUAUUAGAUAGCUAUGACGAGUUAUUGUUUUAUUUAAAUAAGAAGAAAUUUAUCACCAAGUUAACCGAAACAACAUUGUUAGAAGCUUCAACAGAAGACAGUGAGGAAAUUAUUCCUCAUGAUAAAUAUGGACAAAGGGAUGAUAUGAAAGAACUCAUUGUAGUCAGUGCUAAUUCAACUUUAGAUAAGGAAAAAAGUACUCCUCUAUCCUCAUCACAAGGAGUUGUACGAAAUAAGGAUGAUCUUUAUUCUUUACGCUAUAUGGGACCAGAUACUUACGGAUUAAAAGAUAUCACUGUUACAUCAUAUGAAGAAAGCAUUUUCAACUAUUUAAAAACAAAUUCUAAGUUUAAAAUGAACAGUGCAUGUGUAACAAAUGAAUGUUUAAGUCCUAAGAGCAAAAGAAAUUACUCUCUAAAUUCGUACACGCAUAAAAGCGAUAUCAUAAGUAACACAUUAAUUGAUCUAAAUAUUCCCAGCAUAUUUGAGGACACCAAUGAUAUCUGCUCGUUGUACUGGUUAAACUCAAACACAAUUACAAAACCUAGUAAAUGUAACUCGCUAUUUAGCAAUUACACAAGUGAUUAUUUUAAUAUACCUAUAUAUUCUACUACAACUAAAAUAUCCUCUGAUGAAAGUACAAAAAAAGAAGAAAAUUAUUUUUGGUAUUACUACCCUGGUAUUAUUGGACGGGUAUACAAAGAAUGGCUUAAAUGCAAAAAUUUAGAUUAUAAGAAAUUUAACAAUGAUUUCUAUUAUCUAUUUGCAAACUCAAAUAAAUUAAAUGAAUUUUUUAAAAGCAAUCAUACUAACAUAGAAAAACAGGAAGAAAUCAAAUUAUUUGAUAUCAGUCAAGUUUUAAGUAGUAAUACGAACAUAUUAAAUAAAAUGAAAACUUCUUAUUCUACAUUGAAGUGUUCAAAUUUUUUAAGCGAUGAUAUAUUAAAUAGUAAUUCUUUAAAUGAAAUUAUUAGUAAUUUCUUAACAGAUGUCAACAUAAACUUAGAUAGCUCCUUUUCUUUAAACUCGAAAAUAUUACAGUCAUUUUUUGAAGAUAAUAAUAUAAAACAUUUCUUAUCAUCACUAUAUAGUAAACAUAGUUUAGAGUUUAUUGAUGAAGAAAUGAGUACAUCACCAUCUAAAAUAAUGCAAAGUCUAAUUCACGAGUUAGAUCAAAUCAUAGCAGAAAAUAAGGCUCAACAGGAUACUAAAAUGAUGGAUGACAAAAAAAAAGAUUAUGCAAAUAUUCCACUUAAUGAAUAUUCAGACAUAAAUUUGCAAAAUGAUCAUAAGUAUAAGAAAAAGGAAAAUUUGCUCAACAAAUGGGACUUUGAAAGUGGCUUGGCAAAAUAUGGUAAGAGUUAUAAUGGUGGAGCAGAGUACGACAUAUUGAAGGAAAAGAGUAACCAUCUUAAUUUAAAUAGCUUAUUGAGUUAUGCAGAAUCUUUAAUGAUACAGUACAACGGAAGUGACGGUAUUAAGGAAGGUCUUAUAGAGAACGUUUCCAACGAUAUAACAAACAAUUUUGAAGAAGAUUCUCUAUGCAUAAACAGCUUUGAAGAAAUUUUAAGUAACUUUAUAAAAAAAAUUUUAUGUAAGAGUGAUAGCACCAAUUUUAAAGAAGAUGAAGAGAGUUUUAGGGAAAAAAUGGGCUCGUUGAAAAGUAUAGAGGAAAUAUAUUCAAAUAUUAAAAAAACAAUAUACAGUGAAAAACAGUUAAAUCUUUUGAGUAUAAAGCCAGAUAAAACUUUAUCUUAUAGUAACAAAAUUUUAUUACCAAGCAAUAAGAAUCGUAUAGACAGUGAAAGAAAUGAUGAGUGUUCAACUAAACAACAUAUUAUGAACAUAAAGAAGAAGAAAACAUAUUUAAAAAAAUGCGACCCAAAUAAUACGGUAGAGAAUGUGAAUAACACAAAGAAAGAUGAAUUAAUAGUAAAACAUAGGGAUGCAAAUAACGAAAACGAACACGAACAUAAUAAUAAUAAUAGCAAUAUUAUUAUUAUUAAUAAUAAUAAUAAUAAUAAUAAUAGUGAAAUUAAUAGUAAAAUUAAUAGUAAUAGUAAAAGUAAUAGUAAAAGUAAUAGUAAUAGUAAUAAUAAUAAUAAUAGUAGUAGUAUUAGUAGCAGCAAAUUAAGUGAAAUGUGUAACUGCAUAAUGAAAAAACAACUCAUGGAUGAAGUUAACAUAUUAAAAAGUAAAUCUAGAGAGAGCACUGAAUGUUUAAGAAAAAAAUAUAAUGAAGUCAUCAAUGAAGUCAUCAAUGAAGACAUCAAUGAAGACAUCAAUGAAGAUUUCAAUGAAUUUUCCUACAAUUCACUCAAAGAAUACAUCAACAAUGAUCUAAAAGAUGAAAAAAACAAAAUUAAUAACAAAUUGUUUUUAACUUGGCCUGAUUACACUUUUUCAAAAAAAUUAAAUGAAAAUAGGGUAAUGUAUCUGAAGCCGAGUUACAAUAUAGCACAUAUCAAAACAAUGAAGGAUGAAAAAAAUGAACGAAAUAACCAAGCUAAGUUUUCAUAUAGUGAAACGGAUAAUGAUUUGGACAAAAUAGAAACGUUAAAUAAGUUCAAAAAUUUAAAUAAGUACUCGAAUAGUCUUGUUAGUCAUUACAUUGCGGAAAACAGUUUUCUAUCCAAUUCGAACAAGGAAUUUGUGCUGUUCAAUGAGAAAAAGACACUCAUUCAAGAGUUAGAGGAGGAGGAUGACAAUGAGAAGAUGAAAUUUUCUCACAUAAAGAAAAUCCAAGAUGGAUUUAAAGAAGACAAACUGAUAAUAGACCGUCAUUUAAAUAGGAAAUCCCUAUAUUGUAACAACAAUAAAGACAAGUCAACGCCUAAUAAAAAGAUGGAGGUGUACAUAGGGAAUCAUAAUAGGAAAGAAAACAAAACAUACAAUGUUGGAGUGAAGGGGGAACUAUUUACAACAGGAAAAAAUAAAGCAAGCCAAAAUAAAAAAAGACGAGAUACAACAAGCAAAAGUAGGACAUGUCAAUAUAAAACAGAUUAUUAUACAAGCCACUAUCCUUUGUGCGAUUCAAGGGAAUAUGUUCACUCAUCCAUACUACCAAAUGAGGGGAAAAUAUUUAAAAAUAAAGAGGAAGAACCUAGACAAAAAAGAGAGAUCAAAUUAGAUAUAAAUUACAGUAUUAAAAAAAAGUUUCUAUCUAAUAGUAUCCUCGAAAGUUCGAAUGGAAUGGGGGAAAACAUGCAAUUUAUUUCUAAUGAACAACUUAAAAAUAAAGAUAUGGAAGCAAAAGCAAAAGUAGAAGUAGAAGAUAGGGGGGAAGUCGAACAACAAAAGGGUAACAAAACAAAAGUUCAACAAAAUAACAAGGAAAGUAAUAAGUGGACUUAUGAAAGGACAAGUUCAAAUGUUAGUAGUGUAAGGAACAUUUCAAAAGGGAGAACGGCUGUUGAAAAAUACUGCAUACAUAGCAACGACAUAACUUGUAAUUUCAGUCCUAAUUCGUCCCCAAAAAAUUUUGCUGAAGAUAUUAAAAUUAAUAAAAAUGAAAAUGAUGAUUAUGAAAAGGAGCUUGGUUAUAAUUCUGAGCAUAUCAAACUAAUUGAAGAAAAAAAUAAUUUUUCUCCAAAAUAUUCAAAUAAUUAUCUAACGAGUAGUAAUUUAAAUUUAGACACUUAUGAUCUGGUAAGAGAUUUAAAAAAAUAUUUAUCUUCAUCACCUAACGAAGCCGAUUUCGACAGUAGUAAACUUAAUGAUACGUUCCUAAAAGAAUUAGUCAAUAAAUACCUAGAAAAUAAUGAUUCUUAUAAUAUAAAUAUAUAUAAUGAAGUAAUAGUAGAAGGAAAUAAAAAGGAAGAUGAUCUGACAAAAGUAGCUUUAUAUAAAUAUAAAACAAAACAAAAUAAAGAUGAAGAAAACAGCAGAAUGGAUAGCCAGUUAUCUACUAUUAACAAAAUGGAAGAGAAAAAAACAAAAUAUUACGACAUCCCUAAUGAAAAGAAAUCACUAAAGGAUCAUAAAAGAACCGUAAAUAUUCAACCAUCUUCUAAUUAUUAUGAUGAACAUAUAGUAAAUUUUCUGAAUUCAUAUAUAUUAGAAAAUAAUAGUGGAUUGAUGAAAAAUACUCAUUUAAGAGUGAAACAGGAUAAUAAUAUAGACCAUAAGCAUUACGAAAGUAAAUCAAAUGGAGUAUUAGAUGUGUCACCUCUGCUUUUGCAUAAAAAAGAUGAAAAGAAAAAUGAUUCGAACGACUAUAAUGACAAAGAGGGGGAAAAGAAAAAGAAAAUGACAAAUAUUCCCUUAAAAGGAACUCAUUUAAAAAAAAAAGAAAGCAUAUGUUUAAGAAGAGACUUAUCUAAAAUUAAAACAUAUGAGCUGUUUUCCAAUUCUACAGAUGGUAAGUAUCAUAAUAAAUGGUAUGAUAAAAAUGAUAGAAACAUAUAUAAUGAUAAUAAAGAGUGCACGAAAGACGUAAAACCGUCUUUGAAUUGUAAAUAUGGUUCCUUUGAUAAGUUUAAUAAUUCUAAGGUAGAACGGUCUAAUAAAAUGAAUGAAAUAGGAAUCCUUGAACGUAAGAAGAGUAAUAAUAAAGUAAACAUGAAACAAAAAAAUAAUUACAAUAAUUUCUAUUAUAGAAUAAACUCAUUUGAUAAUUUAAACAUAAAUGAAGCAUAUAGAAAACAUAUUUCUAACAUAAAAGACGGCAAUAACGAUUACACAGAUGAACAAAUUAUUAAAAAAGCAGAUUUAAAUUUAUUUUUACGAAAUGAUGAUAGCUCUUUUGAAAAUCCAAAACAAAAUGAUUAUGUAAAUUGUGAAGACGAAAAAUAUGAACGUAAUAUGGGUAUAUUAAAUAAAGAGAAAGAAAUAAAUAUACAUGAACCUAAUAAAAAUAUAUUUAAUAGAAUUUAUGGUUUUCAAAACAAAAUAUCUGAAGCUAGUUCAUCAACUGAUAAUGAGUUAACGGGGUUAUUAGUUGGCAAUGAUAUAUUUUAUGAGUCUUUUGCAUAUAAUAGUUUUGCAAAUAUUGAUGAUUUUAAAAGGAAAAUACACGAAUAUAGUAUUAAAGCAAUGGCAGCGGAUGCAAGUAAGGAGGUAAAUGAAAGGGAAGCGUCUUUUAAAGUUCAUCGUAUAUUAGAUGAUGGCAAAUCAAGUGAUGAUAAGUCGGGUGACGACAAAUCGGAAGAUGACAAGUCAAGGGAUGAUAAAUCGAGAGAUGACAAAUCAGGACAUGACAAAUCGAGAGAUGACAAAUCGAGAGACGACAAAUCGCGAGAUGAUAGAUCACGAGAUGAUGAUAAUUCAAAUACCAAAAAAAAUAAAAUAAACAAACGAGACCUGAAAUUCAACACAGGCAAUAAGUACAAACAUUUUGAGCAAAAGGAUGACAAACUAUUGGAUCACUAUAGUGAUAUAACAAAUACUACUAAUAACAUAAGCAGAAGGAAUAAUAAAAUUGCAGAAGAAAUGAAGGACAAGAAAAAAAAAACGAGGGAAUUAUAUUCGAACUAUUCUGUUUUUCCUCCAAAAAAUGACAUGGACAACAUAAUAAACUCCUCUGAUAAAAAAAUUAUGAACAGUUCAUAUAAAAUAAAAGAUUUACAUGUUAAUACGGAGAAUAUAAAAAUAAAUGAAGAUUACAUAUACAGGAACAAAUGUAAUAUGGAAUAUAUUAAAUUAGAUAAAAAUAUCAAUGAUAAAAAGAGUGAAGAAAAGGAUAGUACAUUUUUAAAAAAAAAUUUUGUUAAUUAUGAAAUUUGUGAAAAUUCAAAAAUUAAAGUAGACGUUAACAUAAAAAAUAACAUGAGGAAUAGUGGUUAUUUACAAGAUAAAGAAGAGGACAACGCAAGUGAUAAAAAAGAUGGUAAAAUACCGUUGAAUGUUGAAAUGUUGCAUACUGAAACAAAACAAACAAAUCCCAGUAAUAACUGUGAUACUAAUACUAAUGAUACUAGGAACAGUACAUGUCACACUAAUAUUGACAAUUUUUUAGAAGCGAAUUUUAGUGAGAGCUAUAUGAGAUUGAAAAAAAAGGAUGAAAAUAAUGCAUACAACAAGAGCUUAGUUAUAGGUAAUGAAAACCAUUCUACGACAUUGGUAACGCACCAUCAAGAGGAUAAGAUUAUUAUAAAAGGGAAGGAAAAUGAUAAUUGGGUAAAUGUCGAAUGUAAGAAUAUUGGCAAAAAUAAUGGAAACAAUGGUGAAAAAAAAGACACUGAAGAUACGCCCAUACCCUCCUCAAAUGGUCCACAUUACUUAACGCAUAAAAAUAUUUAUAGUGAAAAAUCAACGAGCUAUAAUAGAAGCACUUCAAGUAAUUCUUUCUUUACUGCGAAUAAUUCUUCUUUGAUAAAUAAAAACUCUGUUGAUUCAGAAAAGUGUAUGUCAGAUAAUUAUUUGAAAAGUAGUAAUUUAUCAAUAAUAUCGAAUAAUGUAAAAACAGAUGAAUUUAAAAAUGAUUAUAAAAACGCAAAUAACAAUUUAUAUGAAAAUGAUCUCAUGAAAACGGAAAGCAAUAUAUAUUCAAAUAAACAGGACACGGACGAAAUGAUAAAUUCCAGUAAUAAACCAACAAAGAAAAAAAAAAAAAAAAAAAAAAUAGCUAAUCAGAAGGAGAACAAAAUGAAAACAGAAAGAAAAAAGGGAAAACAAAACGGAUCUGGUAGUAACACAAAAAUAACACUUAAAAAAGCAAAGUCUGAAAAUUUAAAAGUGUCGCAGUAUAAACACUGUAAUGUGCGCAAGAAAAAUGCAAAAAUUACAUCAGAACUUUUGAAGCGAAACAAUUAUAAUAAUAUAAAUGAGGACAGUGAAAAAAAGGAGGUGGAAAAAAAAAAAAAAGAUAGACACUGCGAGAAAGAUAGUAAUAACAAUGUCAAUAGUAAUAAUAACAUUCAUAAAAAUAGUCAUAGCAACAAUAAUAAUAGUCAAGGUAAUAGCAAUAAUAACAACAGCAGCAGAAAUAAUCCCUUCUAUAACCCAGGUUACAUUAAACAUUUUAACAGCAUUAUUAGCACAUAUUCUUGGUCUCCUGAAAAUCUACAUAUAGAAAAAAAUAAUUAUUCCUUAAAAAAAAAUAGCUUUUGUGCAGAUACAGGUAGUACCGAAGAUAGUGAUGCAUCCAGCAUAACCAAUUUUGUAAAAGAUGCAUUAGAAGAUAAUUCUAAUUCAAAUAUGUCAUCAAAUAAUUAUGAAAACAUAGAAACGAAACAGUAUAAAAGAUGGAAAUCAGAAAACAAUUUGUAUCCUUUUUUAAAAAUACGUACAGAAUUAUUUAAAGAACAACAAAAGUACAAAACCGUAGAAGAUAUAAAAAAAUUACAAAAAGAUACACACGAAUCUUUUGUCGAAUUGAUAGAACAAGGUAAUAUAUUCCCCACCAUCAAAAUUAAAAGUAGUAAAAGUGAUGGUGUUCACGUAGAUAAUCCUAAAAAUGCUUUCGUUGAAGUAGGAGAUGUUUUAAAGCAAGAAUCACACAAAUUAGAAGUUAUUGACUAUGAAAGUUAUUCAAAUAAAUGUGAAAACAUAUUAAAUAGUAGCGUUCAGAGUUACAUAUCUAAGGAGAUUGAUGAUGCAAGUGAAUUUAUAAAUAUAUCAGAUAAUGAUAUAAGUAUGCAUAAUAUCAAAAUAUUCACAGAUGACGAUUUUAACGAUGAAUACACCAUGCAAAAUUGGAAAGAAACGAAUAAUGAAAUUAAUCAAGAGAAUGAUAAAGAAGCUAAUCGAGAAAUUGAUCAAGUGAUUGAUCAAGAUAUUAAUAAAAUGGUAAACCAACAAGUUAUCCAAAAAACGAAUGAACCGAAUUAUAAAAAAAAAAAUUCUACAAAGAGAGCAAAUCCUAUCAAUUUAAAAACCUUAGAAGGAUAUUCAAAUAACUAUUAUCGUAAGAGUAGUAUUCAUAACAAAUAUAAGAAUGAAAAUUUAAGUGAUGAGGCUUACAGUAAUGAUAGUGCUCGUAAACAGAAUAACAGCUAUUCCCCAUUAUAUAACAGUACACAACAAAUGCUAAGGUCUACUACGAACGUUAAUAGCAACCCAAGAAGAGUAAGCAGCAUUCGUGAAAAUUCUUUGAAAAAAAUAAAUACACACAGAAUGUACGAAAAAAAUGGUGAACUACACAAGUACACAAAAACGAAUAGAAAAAUUAACCAUAAAAGUAUUUCUAAGAUAACAUUUGAUUCUAAUUAUGAAUUAGAUAGAGAUUUAACAAAACAAGGAAGACAAAAUAACGCAUCCUUCGUCAUUUCCUUCGAUGAAGAAAAUUUUAUAAAAAAUAAUCUAACUAGGAAAAAUAUUAUGCCCUAUUAUGAGUCUGUUCAUCUAAAUUCGGAUUUUUCGUUCGAAUCUAAGUACAAUGAAAAUUUACGUAAAAAAAAAAUUUCGAUCAAAGAUAUACAUAUUCCAGAUGAGCGAAUUAAAAAAAAAAUAUUAGAAUACUACUACAAUAAUAAUUAUCGUAAUAAUAAUUAUAAUAAUGACAGUAAUAAGCAUCAGAUCAGCGCUAUAAGUGAUGUGAAAAAGUUGGAUACAGAGGAGAAAAAUGAAAAGAAAAACCCACGAAAUAAAGAGAAAAAUGCUUUAGCUUAUAAAAUAAAAAAAGCAAAUAGUAAUUUACCGGGAAGUAUAAGUUAUGAUCCAAAAAAAAAAUUUGUACAAGAACUGAGAAGAAAAUUGUCAGCGAAAAAAAUAAAAAGGAAGAUACAAAGAAAAGAUAAGGUAAAACUACCCAAAAAAAAUACGCACACACCAAAUAAGGCUCUACCUAUAAUAUUUCCUUAUUCAGUAGAUAGCUUUUACAAUGUUAUUAAUAGUGAAGAAGAUAUUGAUGAAAAUAUGUUCAUGAGUAAUAGCAAAUGA